GAUUCAUUUAAAGCACCACCACAUUUCCUUCUAGCCCACUGCUGAAUUUCAACCAGCUUAUCAGUUGAAUUUUAAAGCAGUCAGAUGUGAGCUAGAAGGAAAGUAACAGACUUUGCAAGCUCUACUAGUCUUGUAGUAAACAUGAAGUCAAAGAAUCAGUACUACUUGCAUUUUAUUGAGUACAAGUUCAAAACUGAGGAAAGAGACAACAGGUUUUACGAAGUGUGUAGUUAUGAAUGAAGUAGUAGGUUAACUGACGUCAAAUAUAUGUAAUGUCGGUGCAGUGAAAAUACAAUAUUUGCCUAAUUGGAGUACAAAUAACAGCAAAUGGCAAUACUCCAGUGAAUCCGACAGGUAACUGUGUGCAAUGCAAGGAAAUAGGAUCAGUACAGCGUGUUAUUUCAUUCAGGAAGUAUGCAGAGGAAAGAUUAGAAAUGAUUACUCAAUUACAGAAGCAAGGACUAUCAGAAUGUAGUUUGAAAGGUAUUUUAGAAUAUGGAAGUAGUGAGUUGACGUGGACUUCCGACAGGAGGUAGCAGUAAUGCAACACAAAGGAUGCCAACUGCCGUAAACCCUAAGAGAAGAAGAGGUAUUUCCUGUGGAUGCACUUUAUAGCUUUUUUGCAAACCUUUAUUAGAACCACAGUAACAUCAGAAAAAGAAAGAAAAAGAAGUACUUGAAGUGUAAAAAUGACCAAUGUAAACAAAAAGCUUACAGAAAUGGAAUAAUACAUCACUUAUUCAUUGAAAUAUUUCAUUUAACAAUACCUUCAAUAACACUUCUCAAAAUAUGAGAUGUCCAUAAUGCUUUCUUCUUAUAAAUUCUACAGAAUAAAUCAUAAAACAACAGAGAUUGUUUUGGAUGAAGCUCAAGAAAUCUGGCCUUGUGGUUAUGAUGUUUAAUUAAAUUCUUAAUUUCAUUGUUGUACGAUUAUACAUUCAAAAAUAAGGAAGUUUGAGUCCAAAAAUUACUUGAGGAAGUACAAGAGUAAAAUAAAUGAGAUAAACACUCAGGUUUGUUUUUGCAAAACGAACAUAGAGAAGAAACAUCUGGUCUAAAGUGGUGUAUAAAUUCAAUGCAGGGAGAAUAUAAGUAUAAAACCUUAAUACGGACUUCUUUAACCUUAACAACAACAAAAAAUGUACAUCAUGGUGGACACUGAAAACUAGUACCGAUAGGCGUGGCUGUUGUGUCACGUGCCUAUGGCAUAUGACACGAGUAGCUCAUGUCAUAUGACACGUCACGCUAGUAAAGGCAACACGACCGCGCGGGGUAAGAGAAAUCCAGAAAACAUGAUUUAAAUAGUUGCCGAUUUAACCAGCGUUUAGUCAUACAGGCCUUAUAAUGCAGUACCCUAUAAGGAAAGUGUAAACACGCUGUGGCCAGUGUAGGGACAGCCGCACGAGGGACUGAUUUAGCUGGGAGCAUCCUGCUAAAUAGCAGCUACAUUAGUAAAAUACCCUGGAAAGAAGGUGAGGCUGAGUGUCAUUGACCAUGCCAGGCGGAAUUACAGAGACCGGGGAACCCUACUCCGCGUUUGUGGGGCUGGUGUAUAUGUUCAAUCUGAUUGUGGGAACAGGAGCUCUCACGAUGCCCAAAGCCUUCGCCACAGCUGGUUGGGUGGUCAGCAUAGCACUUAUCUCUGUUUUAGGAUUUAUGAGCUACAUGACCACCACCUUUGUGAUUGAGGCAAUGGCAGCGGCCAAUGCUCAGCUGCGUUGGAAGAGGAGGGAGCAGGAAGAGACUGAUGAGAGCGACUCCACCUCUGAGUAUUCAGAUGAUGAUGUCAUGGGCCGGGGCCGAUCAGAGCCGGAGACAAAGCCCAUCUUGUCUGUCCAGAGGCCAGGAGCUCAUGUUGAUCAUUUCAGUAUUGUGGAGCGGGUUGAGAUGGGUCAAAUGGCCUCCAUGUUCUUCAACAAAGUCGGUGUCAAUAUGUUCUACAUCUGCAUUAUAGUUUAUCUGUAUGGAGACCUGGCCAUCUACGCAGCAGCCGUGCCUAUAUCACUAAUGGAGGUUGUCUGUGGCAACCACUCCUGCAGCGCUGGAAGUGUGAAGUACAACGAUACAGACCCAUGCUGGGGCCCUGUCACAAGGAAAGAUGCGUAUCGGGUGUUUUUGAGUGUGUUCACUCUUCUGUUGGGGCCUUUUACCUUCUUCAGUGCCCAGAAGACUAAAUAUCUUCAGAUUCUCACCUCAGUUAUGCGCUGGAUUGCUUUCACCAUGAUGAUCAUCUUGGCUCUCAUCCGUAUCAGUAAAGGCACGGGCGAGGGCCACCCACCAAUGGCCUCCUUCUCUGGGGUCCCCAACCUGUUUGGGGUGUGUGUCUACUCCUUCAUGUGCCAACACUCCCUGCCCUCCCUGGUGACGCCCAUCUCUGACAAGAAACGUGUUGGCGUCCUGGUGUUAGCGGACUACAUCCUGAUUCUAGGCUUCUACGUCCUCCUCUCAUUUACCGCCAUCUUCUGUUUUGAUAGCUCGCUGCUGCACGAUAUGUACACCUUAAACUUCACAGACAACUGCAACGUGUUAGAUAUUCCAGUACUGCGCUACUUCCUGGGCCUGUUCCCAGUUUUUACCAUUAGCACCAACUUCCCCAUAAUUGCUGUCACACUUCGCAACAACUGGAAGACCCUGUUUCACCGGGACGGAGGCACCUACCCAUGGGUGGUGGACCGUGUUGUGUUUCCCCUCAUUACCCUAGUGCCCCCAGUUGUGGUGGCUUUCUGCACCCAUAAUCUGGAGUCUCUGGUGGGCAUUACUGGAGCCUAUGCUGGCACAGGAAUCCAGUACAUAGUUCCAGCCUUCCUUGUUUAUUACGCUAGACGACAUUUGGAGCCCGUGAUGGGCAGAGAUGCUGUCAACAAGCACCAGUCUCCUUUCCGCCAUGCCUUCUGGGUGUGGUUUGUUUUGCUGUGGGCCACCUUCUGCCUCAUGUUUGUUACAGCCAACAUCAUCCUAACUGACACAAAGAAAUGAAAAGUUGCUGUUCCAAGAACUUUCUAAAAAGUUAAACCUGUUUGGCUGAUUUCUUUAUUCUUAAACUGUACAUGGGGCCUUACUUGCAGCAGGUUGGACAGAGUGCCUUUUUAUGGGGUUUUUAUUGCACAAGUUAAAUGUAAUUAAUCAAAUUUGUUACAAGGGACCAAAUGUCAAGUGUUUCAUGUUCCAUCAAAAAAAGCUGGAACAGUGCAUGACAAUAAGGAAAGGAAAUUUAUUCAAACUAGUUUUUAUUUUUUUUAAUUUUUUUUUUUUGGUCAACAAACACAAGGCAGUCUGAGGGUCUAAUGAGGUUUUGCACUCAUCACUUUUAAAAAGAAGAAAAAUGAAGAAAUCAGUGAUGAUAAGUCUUUCAUGGCUGACGCGUAGCCAUUACUCAGCUACGGUGGCCUCCGAUCUCCUCGUCCCUCUUGUGAACAACAAAGCUCUGUCCAUGACAGAUCCACUGACAGAUAGACCUCCAGGAAGAGCUCCAUCUCUGUUUAUCACCAGACUCGCACCUGUAGUUCACACACUGUCUGCUGCCUUUUACGGCUCAACAUCUAUUCGCGUGUCUGUCGGCAUUAAACUGUAUCCAUCACACUGCCCAGUGUCUGACAGGAUAAUAGUGCUUCAGCAUCUGGCUGUGGGGAAGGCAUCAGUGGCUGAAAGU